UUUCUUGGUUCGCUCAGUUCCGCGUUCUCACCCAAGCUUAUCGCCACUCACCAGAGGCACGACUUGAUCCUCUUUGCUUCAACAGACUUCAACCGGCUCGACCUCAGUCCAGGGAACGCUAGAUCUGACAAGGGAAGAAUAAGGAAGCAUACAGUCACUUCUUGACGCCGAUGAGCACUUCGAAAGCGCGCGUGGAUUGAAAGGUUUAUCACACUUAAAACUGUGAUCAUACCAUUGGUUAGUGUGUUUAAUUAUUGCUUUCAGGUUACUUUGUAAGUGAAACUGAAAAAAUACACCGGCACCACAAUACCUAUUGAAUAGCUGUGCUUUGAAACAGCUUGAUCAAUAGGUGUGAAGGCAGCAGAACAAGGAGUACCGGCGCCCGGCACCUGCACUCUUCACCGGCGAGCACAGGUUCUACUGUAGCCUCAAAAGUUGGCAACAUACUGCGACAGGGUCACCAACAAAAGAGGAAAACAAAACAAAAAUCAGAUCGACAGAUAUAAAGAAAAACAAGUGACUGAUAGAAAGGGAGAGAGGGAGGGACAUAGAGUGAGAGAGAGAGAGAGAGAGAGAGAGCACCCCCUGGAGAAUAGCAGAAGACCCGGCCCCCGGCCUGAGUGUAAGAGAGAGAGAGGGUGAGGGAGCGUUUUAAAGCCGGCACAGGCAUGAUGUCCUACAUUAAGCAGCCUCAUUACGCCGUGAACGGGUUAACUCUGUCUGGCCCGGGCAUGGAUCUACUACACUCUGCCGUCGGAUACCCAAACAUCCCCAGAAAGCAGCGUCGGGAAAGGACCACGUUUACGCGCGCGCAGUUGGACAUCCUGGAGGCACUGUUUUCCAAGACGCGCUACCCCGACAUCUUCAUGAGAGAAGAAGUGGCCCUUAAGAUCAACCUACCAGAGUCUCGUGUACAGGUAUGGUUUAAGAACCGCCGUGCUAAAUGCCGCCAGCAGGCGCAGCAGAGCACGGGCCAGUCUAAACCUCGUCCACCCAAGAAGAAGGCCUCUCCAGCCCGGGAGGCCAACUCUGAGGCCAGUGCCAACACCAACGGGUCCUACAGUCCAGCACCACUUCCCCUUGGCACCGCCAUCACCCCCAGCUCCAGCAGUGCCAACGCGACCGUGUCCAUUUGGAGCCCUGCCUCCAUCUCCCCGCUGCCAGAUCCACUGUCAGUCUCCACCACGCCCUGCAUGCAGCGCUCCUCUGCCUACCCCAUGACCUACACCCAGGCCCCGGCCUACACCCAGAGCUACGCAGGCUCAUCCUCUUACUUCACUGGCCUGGACUGCAGCUCCUACCUGUCCCCCAUGCACUCACAGCUCUCCGCCACAGGGGGUGCCCUCAGCCCCAUCACCUCUAUGGGCGGGCACCUAAGCCAGUCCCCCUCUCUGUCCUCACAGGGCUACACAGCCGCCUCGCUGGGCUUCGGGGCCGUCGACUGCCUGGACUACAAGGACCAAGCUGCCUCCUGGAAGCUCAACUUCAACGCAGCUGACUGCCUGGACUACAAAGACCAGAACUCCUGGAAGUUCCAGGUCUUGUAGGGGGGAGGAGGUAAGGAAGGGACCAGCCAGGAGAAGCUCCCAUUCCAUUCAGUGUUAAAGACUUGGACACAUAGAUGGUCAACUAAUCAUUUCAGUCCAUGAACUCAUUGACUGAGUAAUAUGUCAUUCUUUUUUGUGUUAUGGAAAGCAAUGUGGAAGCAGAUCCAAUGAUGUUGGACUUUGUGAUUGUUGGGAAGGUGACAAGAAAUCACUGAUCACAUCAAUAUUGUCAAAUCGAUUAUAUCCAAUCAGUACAGCAUUAUCAAUGUGAGGAUGCACAAUCAAUGGGACAUUGAAGUAAUAACGUUUGUCGUAUAGAAGUAAUGACAAACAAAUCAACAUGUAAAAAGAUAAUUGGGAUACUAAAAUUGAAAACCGAUUUUAUUAAAAAGGAAUACAUACCACACUAUUGAAAGCAAUACCUGUAGAAUGAAAUUGAAUACAUUUAUAAUUUGAUGAUUACAUUUAGAAAAAAACUUCAUCACUGACAAAGGUCCAUUCUUGUCUUCCAUAAUCAGGGUUUUGUGGACCAAAUGAACAGAGAUUGCAAUUUGAAGGAUGAAUGGAGUAUCAAUUUGAUGGAGAGAAUGAACAAUUGAUUUAAAAAGAGAAGAAAAGAGAAGAAAAGGAGAUUCAAAUAUUGGUUGCAAUGGAUCCCAUCGUUCAGGUAGCUGAUAGUCAACCCCAAGUUGAUUUCUGAACAAGAUCUGUCACUCCUUUAGUGGUCUUGUUGUGCUUAAUGGUAACUGAAAACUAGAAAGGAAAAGUGGAAUUCCAUCCCCAAGAUGGCUGGUGGGCUGGCCUUGACUUUUGACCAAAUUUGAUCCAGUGGUUAUUUUUGUCAUUACUUCAGAACAAUUGAAAGUUGUGUACAUUGUAAUGAAGAAAAUGACUCUGCCUUGAAUUUGAUUUUGAACAAACAUAGGGAGUUCCAGCCAUAGGUGAAGACUGACUCCAAACGGGACAAUGUUGUUUUCUUUUUCCCUCAGUCAUUUGUUUUAUGGUUUAUUUUUGUUAUGAAGCUGCUUUUCGUAUUUGGUGAACUGAGAGAUCCUGGAGCCAAACAGACACACAGACAGACACACAGACAGACACACAGACAGACACACAGACAGACACACAGACACACAGACAGACACACAGACACACAGACAGACACACAGGCAGACACACA